AUGGAGGAGAUCAAAAAUUUCUUAUACCCCUUGAGUCCACCCACCCGUGUCCGCACACGACCAUUGGAAGUUUUGUGUGUUGGGCCUUCUCGAAGCGGUACAUGGUCUCUUCGAGCAGCGUUGCUAAACCUUGGAUAUGACCAUACCUAUCAUGGCUUCGACGUAGUUACGAAUCCACCCGACGACAAAGCAUGGUAUCUACUUCAUCGCCAAAGGUUGAAAUACGCUGCAUCUCAGCCUCGAUCGAAAGGACUUGCCAUUUCGUCCACUGAUUUUGAUCAAGUGGUGGGCCAUUGUGCUGCCAUGACUGACCACGCUGCUGCAGUCUUUGCCCCCGAACUUAUAGCAGCAUAUCCAAAGGCGAAAGUUAUUCUCAACGUACGACGAGAUGUCAGAGCAUGGCAUAAUAGCGUUAUGAACACGAUUGUUGUUCACUCAAGAGAUUGGGGGUUCUGGUUUAAAAGCUUCUUUCAUACCGAGCUCUUCUGGGCCCAGGAAGGGUAUUAUAGAGGUACUUUGAAGUGGUUUUACCGAGGCGACUUUCAGCACAAUUCGAUAGACGUCCUAAUAAAACACUGCGAACGAGUGCGAAGUCUCGUGCCGAAGGAUCAACUGUUGGAAUGGGAUGUUGAAGACGGAUGGGAACCGUUAUGCAAGUUCCUUGGCAAGGAAGUCCCAGAUAUUCCCUUCCCCAAGACCAACGACUCUACCUCUUUCUUCAAAAAAUGUGAAGAGUGCUAUGAGGCCCGGGUGCUGAAAGCGACUCGUAACAUGUAUCUUUUCUUUGCCAUCUUGCUAUGCAUCGUUAUUCCCUAUACAAUUUUCUUAUGGCGGGAGUGA